AUGAGUGUUCUAACGAUACCUUUCACACUUUUUUUAUUAACCUACCUUUUUACCUGCGGUCUGACUCGAGUAUCUGGCAACGGACUGUUACUUCUCUACCAACCGAAGGAUAUAACCAAUGAUUGCGCGUUUUCUAGACAUUUACGCUUCGAUAUAUCGUACGGUAUGGGGAUGUCUGAUACAAUCACUGUGGUGUUACGGACCCUGAUAGAUUUAGACUACGAAUGUAUAGUGGAAGUAGUGACUCAAACUCCUCAAUACCUUGUCGUAGUGGUACGCUAUCCCACCACCAUUGCCUCCAACUGUGCAGUAAACAGAGACGCUGUGACCGUUUUAAAGAAAUCGAAGUGUACCAGGCUAUGCGACCUAGUGUUGGGAGAUGUUUUUUCACCAUAUUUCACGUUUAUAGUACGAAAUCGCCUGAGGUUCUUGUUUAAAAACAACAGCAGUAUAAACACUGAUAUUAAUGCACACUUCUACCAAGUGACAAUCACUUCGGCGCGACUAAAACCGUCUCAAGGAUGUAACAAAAGGAACGAAACGAUUUGCACCGUCGACCGCUUCAACUUCUGCUUCACAACCGGCGUUGUCUGCGACGGCAUCAAGAACUGCGGUGUCGAUGAUUGGUUCGACGAGAGAAAAUCCCAAUGCACAUUGCCAGUAGAGAGAUUAGGCUUUGCGCCCAUCGUCGCAGUGUUGGCAGCAUUGCUGUGCGCGGUCGUGGCCGGUGGACACGCUCUGAUUCGUUUCCUGCCACCUCACGCCAACUCCUUCUUCGUGUUUAAUGAGAAUGAGGACAAUCGCCUCUGCAUCGACCCCUUGUUGGUGCCUCAGGGGUCUGCACCCGGUAUUGAGACCGUCAAAAGACAGUCUGUCAUACCGGUUAUUGCCAGUACAUCAACAGACGAUGAUACAAAUACUCUAGAAUCUCAAAUGAUAUCAGAGAAGGAACAAAAACAUUACGUCUUAGAUGGAGACCAGAACAACGAUGAACAGGAACCAUCUCCGGUGGUUACUUCGACAGAAUUAGAGGUGAAUAUCCGUUGA